UCGCUGUUUGAUGUGUUCAUCGAGCUAAAAUGUUGUCCCAAUUUGCGACGACGACAACGGCGGCGACGAAGACAAGAGAUUGAGUGUUUUCGAUUUUUAAGAAUGGUAGACCCAUAAAUUCAAUAGACGACGAUGCCUAUCAAAUGAGGUGGCGACGACGACGGUGGCAGCUAAGGAAAAACAGCCAACCCAAUAAACAAGCUGGUUGAUGAUCAACGGCAGCCGAUUGUGAUGGCAAUUGCAAAUAGCAAAGGAAAAUAAACAACACACAACGACGAAGGAAUGAAUCAACAUUUUUAUUAUUCCGCUUCAAAUUUGCUCAAUGUGUGAGCACAUUUUCACAAUUCAUACAGACGAGGUGUAAAACAUGUAAGCGAUUGUGCUGCACUACAAACUAAAGACAAAAAAAAAUAUUUUCGAAUGGAUUACGAACGCUGCUGUUUUUGAAGUGAGUGAGAAAAAAAAGAAGAAAAAAAAAGACAAACUAAAAUCCAGAAAAAAUAACAACAACGACAAAAUAACCAAAAGAUACACAUGAGAACGAUUGCACUUAAAUCUCUCGAAAGAAAAAAAAAAAUUUGUUGCGUUGUAUGAUCAUUGGCAAACGAUAAGCGAAACAGGAGACGAAAACUCGAUUGCAUGCAAUUGAAGAGUUGAGCAGUAACAUACACACAAGAAAUAAAAAGUAUAAAGAACUGUGAGGUGAUAAUAAUUUCACGACGAGAAAAAAAAAAGUGGCAACCGACAAGCAGAAUCUCAUCAUUGAGUGCGUUUCACUUCCUUUGGGUUGCGCGCGCUCUCGCUGUCUCUCGGUUGCGCGGGAAAAAAAAGCAGGUGAAUCUUUUAUGAUUGCUUCGUGUUGAUCAGGUCCAAAAAAUGGAUAAAGCUGGUUCUACAAUGGACGAAGCGGCAAGUUGCGGUGGAGCGGUUGCUGGUUCGAUUUUUGGUACAAUUGCAUGCAUCAUUCUAUUGGCGGUGGGCGCAUGGCUGCUCUACAAGAAAUACUGGAAAUCUAAGUCAGAAACGAAUCCAUUGGUCGAAGAUGCUGACACAACGAAGGUGGACUAUGCAUUUGAUAAUCCAGCUUUCAAGGGUGAUAACAAUAAGAAUGCUUCACCGUUCGAUAACAAAUGGCAAACGCCUGACAAACGUAAAACCGUUGACGAUUCAUAUGCAAAUGCGCCCAUACCGCGAUUGGUGCCGCUUCGUGGAUCCGAUUUUACCGGUUUGGGCAUUGAAGUUUGUGGCGGCCUAAAAGAUGGUAUCUUUGUGAAGAAAGUAAUGCCCCAGGGACCUGCCGCCAAUAUUGUGCAUCGAGGUGAUAAAAUCACGAGCAUCACUAUCGAUUUUCGGCAUAUUGUCCAAGAGGAUGCGGCUACAAUUUUAAGCUAUGCUUCACCAUACAAUGUUCAGUUGGAAUUGAUCGAUGCAAAUGGAGCCGUAUCGAAUGUAUUGUCACAAAAUGCUAGCCAACCGGCGCUGACACAUCCACUGUAUCGUCCGCGUAGUCAAGAGGAUUUGAAUACAAUCGAACGUAAUGCACGAAAAAAACUGUUUACAAAAGAUGACAACUCAUAUCCAACACUAAAAAUGGAUCAACAACAGCAGAGUAUACAAGCAAAACCACGGUCACCAGCCACCGCUUUGCCACAGGCACACGAGGAAAACGAGAAGAAAAACUCAUUGAAAAAGAUUCAAAACUAUUUUAUCGAUAUGGUUGAAGAGAAAUUCCAAACGAAAGCAUCGCAUUCGAAUGAUUUGGCCGUUGGUAGUGGUAAGAAGGGAAUGAAAUUCGGUAUUCGUGUGUUGCCACCCAAUUUGAAUGGCAAAGAUUCGGGCAAAUCACCAAACAAAGUCCAAGCUGACAACGAUAACAAUGCAAAUAUUGAAAAAAUUGAAAAUCACAUUGAACAAGUGGCACAACCAAAUUCCAUCGUCACCACUGCUACCACCACCAUCGCUUCACCCGCACCACCAGAAGCCAUGAAACGUUCCAAGAACAAGUCACAAGACGCUAAGAAACCCAUCCAAGAUGACAACAAACCGGUACCAUUCGAACGACAAGCAAGCAUCAAUUCGAGUGGCAUCAAACGUGAUGCAGCUGGCAUUCCACAGGAAGUGCCAACAGAGAUGAUGCAAGCAGCAAUGACAGCCGUUAACAAUCGAGCAAAAGUUAAUUCAAUUGAUCGUAAGUCAAAGGGGAAGGCACCGAUACCGCCAGCCCGUGGCGAACAUGAUGACUCUAUGGACAAUGUUGAUAACAUGAAUGCUUCGAUGGAAACCAUUGAAAUACCACAGAUUUCAACAAUGAAAGUCAGCAUGGAGGGCAGUCAACCUGAUCUUGACUCCGAUGCUGAGUUCAAUGGUAAAAAUGUUCAACAAAUCGAAUUAAAUUCCAAGCAUAUCACCGUGCAUCAGGCGUCCGAGGAAGAAGAAAAUUCAAAUGAAGAGCGACGAACGGCGAGUCUUGGCGAUUUAUCAAAAUUAGAGCACACUAAAUGCGGAAAGAACAGUCAUGAAUCGAAUGGAACACUUGAACGAGCCCAGUCAAUGGAAAUGUCCAAUGCAAACAAUCAAAUCGCCACCGGAAAGGUGGUACCAAAAAAGCGAAAAGCCCACCCGGGCGAUCAUGACCUAGUUGAAGUGAUGGAAUUGAAAGAGCCCCGAUACAGCGAGCCAAUUAUCGAGAAUUUGGAACCAUUGCAAACGAUGCGCCUAAAGAGUUCAUAUGAAUGGGGCAAUUUGGAGGAUGCAAUUUAUGAUGGCAAAGAUAAAAAUGCAUCCGAUGAUUCGUUUGAAUUGGAAUCACCACAAAAGAAACUCUCCUCCAGCAGUAUGGAUAUGAUGUCCGAAGUAUUGGCUGCAGCCGAUAAAUUUGAUAAAGAAAUCAACGAAAUUGAAUUGCACGAUGUCAUGCAUGAAAUAUCAAACGUUGAAUUUGACGAUGUGGCAAAUGGCACCGAUGAACCGAUUCAAUUGGAAUUGGUACAAAAUAAUGAAGCAGCGAUAGAGAUAAAAUCCAGUCCAGAACCAUCACCACGUGCGCAUACAAAAAAUAACGGCAUUAUGAACGAAAGCAACAACAUCAGCAGCAACAGCAACAGCAACGAUCAAACAACGAUGGAUAUGGACGAAACACAGCAUAAUAUUACACAGAUCAAAUUACCGACAGCUGUACAUUUGGAAGUGAAAUCAAGCGAUAAUUUCGAUGAUAUUGUGAUUGAUACAUCAAAAGGUGUCAAUUACGGAACGAAUGUAAGCGAUGAUGCAAAAGCAUCACGUUAUCCAUUGACAACGAUUGAGCGGCCAAAGUCUGAAGUGUUGAAGCAAUUAAUUGCACAGCAGGUUCCGGGCGACAUGGAUGAUCAAACGAUGGAAGUGAAUGGUAUUUCGUAUGCAAAGAGUGGCACAAACGAUGGUCCAAUUAACAUAUCUGUCGCUGGUCACAUGGAUAGCAUCGAUACAAUGGCCACGAUGGAACCUGUUCAAAUUUCACCCAUUUUCUCGAGUGAUGGCAGUGGCGUGAAUAAUAUUAGCAUUUCAUCGAUGGAUAGUGAUUCGGCGGUUGAAUUGAAAAAUUCAAGAGCAUCACCGGUGCAAACAGCGACCACAACAACCGAAAAUCGAAUAACAAUAUCAACGAGCAGUGAUUCACAGCCAGCAUCAAUUGUCAUCGAAGAUGAAACGCUGAAUUUUAAAAUGCAAACACUGGACGAUGAACCAAGCGAACCGACGAAAACCCCAUCGCCAAAUGGAUCCCAAAAGAAAAAUGAGGUGUUCAUUGUUGAGAGUUUGUCGUCGAAAAAGACACACGAAUCAUCGUUACCAGUGAGCAAUGGCACCAAACCGCCACCUGCAUCGAAGGGUGGCUUUGUCACCGAAAUCCGCUUUCCCAAUGCAAACAAAGACAAGCACAUGAAUGCAAAGAAUCUAAGUAAAUCCAUGGAAAAUCGCAACCCGCCCGAUGCAAAAACGAAAUCAGAUGCAAAAACAUCCAGUCCAAAUGACAGCCGAAAGGGCAGCAAUGGUAGUAGUGGUGGUGGCGGUGGUGACGGUGUUGAAAAACCAGUAAUCGUUGAAGAGGAAUACAUUCCACGGAACAAUGAGAUUCGUUUUACCACAUCAACGUAUCAAUCGCCGCGACAAUUUGAAAAACGUCAUUCACAAAUCGAUCAAAUUCGAUCAAAUUUCGAACGUAGUCAUACGUCGGAAAUUCCAGUACCAAUACGGAAAAUCAGUACACCAUCCACACCACCACCAUCACAAUCAUCAAAUGUAGCGCGUGUCAGUCCGUCCAAAAUUCCCGUAUUCACAUCACAAAAGAGUAGCGAUAAUCUACUGAAAAAUAAUAACAGUCCGAAUCGAGUCAGUGUUAGCGUUACAUCGAUAAAAAAUUCGUCGCGAAAUCCGAGCGGCAAGUAAAUGAUAUGGAAUGAGCAAAAUAGAAGAAACAAAUAUAUAUAUAUUGAACAAGAAGAAAAAAAGAGAAUAAAGAGCAUAUCACUUUUGAUAUUUUGAAAGCAAAAAAUCGUCGACAGCCAACGAACAAAUCGAAAGAAGAAAAGAAAAACACCCACAUGCACAAAUGGAUAUAAACUUUAGGGAUGUGCCGAAAUUGCUCUGCUUUCUUCAAAUCUUCAUCAUACAACACAAUAUCUGCAUAUUCCAGCUGCUGUUCAAUUGUUAAUGGCGAAACGCAACGACGACGACGACGACGACCCAAUAUCGAUUUUCGAAUGUGAUGUGAAACGUGAACAUUUUCGCGUUCGGUGCAUACAUGAACAGGGAAGCAAAAAAGAGUGAAAUAAAAACCGAGCGAGCAAGCAGAAAAGGCCAUCAGUAGAAUUUCAAAUUAAGCCAAUAAUAAUUUCAUGUUGUUGUUAUGUUGAGUGGUGCGAAAAUAAUUUUUAAUAAAUAGGUAUCGAAUCGAUAUUUCCAUCGAAUAAUCAUUACGAUAAUGGUUAGGCAAUAAGGCCAUGUUUUUUUUAAUGUUAUAUAUUAUUUGAUACACAGUGUAAAUGUAGUUGAUGCAGUUUUGUUUUUUUAUUUGUUUGUCCUUCCAUUUUCAUUCCAAAUGUAGAACAUUUAUGUCAAAAUUAUUUGCAUUCGUAAUUGAAAAUGAUUUUUAGUCAAAACGUUUAAUCUAUCUCACAAUCGAACUUCCCACGCUACCACCAUCCCCCAGAUGAGUCACAGUUGAAAAUAGUUUAUUUUUUAGUCAAAAAUCGACAAGCAACACACGACAUAGAGAAAGAGAGAUAAAUAGAUAGAAUGAUUGUCUGUUGAAUGUUUCAUAUCUGUCUACGGAUGACAGUGCUGCGCUCGGAAUUUUGAGUGAAAGGUGGAAUUUUUGAUAAGCAUUAACGUCAAUUAUUCGGAAUGUAACAGUUUUGCGAGGCGAGUGAAUGAGCAAGAGUUUGCAAAUGAAUGAAUGAAUGAAUGAAUGAAAAGUGUGUUAGAUAGAGACAAAAAAGUCAAAAACAGAAAAUUCUUCGCAUACAUUAAAAUUGAGAAUGCAAAGUAAUUUGCGAAUCCAAAACAGAGUAUUUUUGGCAUGUUACGGAGUUUAACAAUUUAUUCACACAUUUCACUGUCAGUUCAUUCCACACACACAACAUACAUUCUAAAUUCGGCAAUAGAUCGACAAUAGUUACUUGUAAAUACCGUCUAAUUCCAUACUAUAGUAAGCUAGUAUAUGUUUAUUGAAAGAGAAACAAAUGUUGUGCAAGAUGAAGAAGUAGGGGCUGAAUCCAAUGUGAAAUUGGCUAAUUAUUGCGAAAGAAAUAGUGAGAAAGAGUGUGAAGCGCAUUUAUUUUGUAUUAUUAUUUCUUUUUUUUUCGGCGAAAGAGUGAGUUCCAUGUGUUUUCGAUUCAACGACCACUACUACUAGAGAUAGUUAAGAGGGCAAUCAAAAGCGUGCGCUUAAAUACACACACACACCAUACAAACACAUGCCUAUAUAUACAUACACGAAUUACAAUUUGAAACUAUUUUUACCCUCUUUUAUAUUAUUUUUAUUUUAUUUUUUUCUCUUUUUAAAUUAUAUUUAUCGUUGUCAGUGUUUCAUUUAUUUUAGAAUCUUUUUUUUUUCCUGUUUAAAUGUACAAUACGUAACUCUUUGCUUUUGCUUUGUUUCGUGUUGUUUUCCAUUUUAUAUUGAAUCUUUCUUCUCUAUGUCUUUGACAAAAUUCAACAUGAACAACAACAUCAACAAUAAGGAGAAGAAAGAGAGAAAAAAAAGAGAAAGAACAAUUCGAAUAACAGCUACAUUUAUAUGCAUUGUAGACUACUAGGUUUAAAACAACAAAUCAUAUCUAUUAUUAACCGAAUACAGCCCAUGUUAAAAUUAACCUUUUGUUCCCUCGAAAAACAAAUUCAGAAAUCGAAAUAAAUUCUUUAAAAAUAAA